GAAAAAGUUCUGCAAGGCAGAGAAGUUGAGCACUUGGUCACAUGCAGGAGCACAGGAUAGAUGGAGUACAGCUGACUCAAGAGCUACAGGGAAUUUGGGUUUUGCAAUGGAACAGGUAUGGUUACUGCUCCUGCUGACAGUUAAAGUGCUUUCGGUGACUGCUCAGUUCAAUGGAUACAACUGUGAUGCUAACCUUCAUAGCAGGUUUCCUGCUGAACGAGAUAUCAAUGUUUUCUGUGGAGUACAGACAAUUACUAUGAAGAUAAAUUUUUGCACAGUUCUCUUUUCUGGUUAUUCUGAAACAGAUUUGGCACUGAAUGGGAAACAUGGGGACGCUCACUGCAGGGGGUUCAUCAAUAACAACACCUUUCCAGCAGUGGUCAUUUUCAUCAUCAAUCUGAGUACUUUGGAAUCCUGCGGAAAUACUUUAGUGGUGUCGUCAGCUCGAGGUGUCAAUGCCUAUGGGAAUAUCUCAGUGGUACAGAUAGGUAAUGUUUCAGGCUACAUAGAUACGCCAGACCCACCAACGAUUAUCAGCUACUUACCUGGGCUUCUGUACAAAUUUAGCUGUAGCUAUCCACUGGAGUACUUGGUUAACAAUACCCAGCUAGCUUCGUCUUCAGCUGCUAUUUCCGUGAGAGAGAACAAUGGUACAUUUAUCAGCACUUUGAAUUUGUUGCUUUACAAUGAUUCAACCUACAGCCAGCAACUCCUUAUCCCAAGUGCGGGUUUACCUUUGAAAACCAAAAUAUAUGCAGCUGUGAGAGCAACCAAUCUUGAUGGCAGGUGGAAUGUUUUGAUGGACUACUGCUACACCACUCCAUCUGGUAAUCCUAGUGAUGAUCUCCGAUACGAUCUUUUCUUCAGCUGUGACAAGGACCCACAGACAACUAUAAUUGAAAAUGGCAAGAGCCAAAUGGGCCGUUUUUCAUUUGAGGUGUUCCGCUUUGUGAAGCACAAGAACCAGAAGAUGUCUACGGUCUUCCUUCACUGUGUGACAAAGCUGUGCAGAGCAGAUGACUGUCCCUUUCUUGUGCCAAUUUGCAGUCACAGAGAAAGAAGAGAUGCAGAUGCUGUCAUGAGAACAACUGGGAGCCCUCAGAGCACCUCCGGCAAUGCUGUAAUCUCUGCUGGCCCCAUCAUUACAAGGAGCGAUGAGACACCUACCAACAAUUCAGAGCUUGCUCAUCCAAAUGGACCUCCUUUCCAAUUGAAUUCAGUGACCAGCACACUGAUUUCAGGCGUGGUCAUCCUAGGAAUCACAAGCAUUUUGUUUUUCAUCUGGUCCUUAACUCUGUUGCGCAGAAAGUGGCCCAACACCUCAGUUUUGACUGGCAUUCGAAACCCAGUUUUCAACUGAAAGCGGUGAUUUACUUGCACUUUUUCUUUGGAGUUGCCUUUCUUGUCCACGAAACAUAAAUCUAUUUAAAAAAUAACAUCAAGGCAACAUUCUGACAACAUAUCCAUCUUCUAUUCCAGAUAUUCUUUAUUUGUAGACUUGCUAGACAUUACAGUAUAGAUAAGAAGCAGUGAUAUUGGUAACAAUUCUAGGAAAUUAUGAAAAUCUCAAUUGAUUGUAAUCAGACUGUAUUGCAUUCUGCCCAUGGGUGUAUUGACAAUAAAACUUGUGUCUCCAGCUUUUCAGUAAGGUUUGAAAGCUGAAGAUGCUUAAGAUGAGAACAUUUCCAAGUAUACCAUUGUUACACAAAACCUGACACAUUCAGAAGCAUUUAUAAGUUCACACACACUUACUAAAAUAAGGGCCAUUUCAUUUUUUUUACAUUUUGCACCACAAAUUUGAAAAAUGACUGGCUCAGGAGGAAUUUUGCUCUUCUAUAUUGGCUAAGACAAAACCACAGGAAGACAUAGAUAAUGAGUGAUGUUUUCUUAUUACUCAUUUGAUAAUUUCUUCUUUUAAUAUGUCUUCAUAUCAUCACUGAAUUAUGGUUAUAGCCCAUCAGGUAAGGCAGGGCAGAAUUUGGCUGGGUAUCCUUCUGAAUCAAGUGGUUGUUGAGGGUGAAUUGCUCGUGGUGCCAGGGAAACAUGCUGCAGAUUUUAUUGAGGUGGACAAACUUUUCCACUAAAGCUGUUGAGUUAGAAUGUGAAGGAGAGCUAAUUAAUGUGAAGGAGAUCUAAUUAAGGUUCAGCAUAAAAUCAGUUCUGCACAAAGUUAAAAUUGCUAUAGCGUCCAGUUAAGUUCUAACCCUGUGAAUUAUUCCAAGGGGAAGUAAAGAGAAAAUGUCCCUCUUUUUUCUUCUCCUUGAACAAAUAAUAAAAAAAUGUCAAAACCUUAAUCAUUCAGAAUUGUUUUUGGAGCCCUACUUAGCUGUUGAGGAAAAACUCACAUCCUUAUUUGCAAGGGCCACUUCUCUGCAUGAUUCUCACACUUCUCAGAUAAAGCUUUCCAUUAUCUACAUGAAGCGUUGCAGAUACCACUUAUAAAGCAGAUCUCUACURCAUGGAUGAGGGGAAGAGGACAACUAGAAGAAUAACAGGCAUACAAGCAUUGCCCUACUGUUGACUCUAGCUGAUCUGAUAAAACUCAGACUUACCUGAAUUGAGUGUGAGUGACCAUGUGCCUUCAAAUAGGAGCAAAGGGUAGUGGUGCAGCUUCUUGGAACAGAUUUAAAAAAAAAAAUGGUGUUAGGGAAACUAUAGUAGACACAACAUAAAGCUGGACAGGUUAGGCAGUUGGGAUUUUGGUCAUAAUUAAUGCAGAAUCCCAUUUUCAUGUACUGUAUGUAUUGGUCUAGAAUCACCUCAUUGACGUUUAUCAUCACCCUGUGUUAAUCAUGUCUGUGUUUUUGUUCAUGUGAUGCGACUGGCUAAUGAUCAGGGUGUUUUGGCUUUCAAGACUAAAGWUGAAUAAAAUAGUUUUCUAUGAUCCUGAAAAUGCUGUAUAAAGACCUGUUGUUCACAGAAUGUC